AUGAGCAAUCCUCAAGAGGAACCACCUAAGCCAAAAGGUCAACAGGACACACCACCAAAAUGCUGUGGUAAGUGUCCACGUGGCCAGUGCAAAUAUUUAAAGUAUUUGGUUGAUCAUAAGGCUUAUUGCAAGAAUUCAGAUAAAAGCAAAGAAAAUCAAGAUGAAGGAAUGUUCGAAAUUGAUGCAAAGGAAUACGAAAUGUUUUUAUGCUGGAGAAGUCGUUUAUCAGGCAGAAUGGAAAAAAUGUUGACACAAACCAUGCAACCACCUGAAGGUGCACCAGCAGGAUGCUGUGGUGGAUGUUGGGGUGGUGCUGUUUCUGUUCAAAAUAAGGAAAAUAUUGACAAUAAGAAAGGAAAAGGAAAUGAUACACCUCUUAUACCUCCUCCGCCAUCUUCUACAUUCUGUGCUUGCAGCAUGAUCAACCCUCCUCAAGAAAAGCAAGCUCAACAACAACCACAACAACAAUUUAAUUAUCCCGGAAUGUAUCCAUAUCCUCCACCACCCCCAAUGCCAUACAUGUAUCCUUAUGGAGGUCCCAUGUACCCCUAUCCAUGUUAUGCAUACCCCCCGCCACCUCCUCAGUAUUAUGGGUUCGGAUUACCUCCUCCACCUCCACAACCAAUGGGUCCAUGGAGAAAUCCACCGCCACCAUAUUUUUGGUAG